AAUUUAAAAAUGAAUUUCUGUCAUUUAUCACACCCACAUAUAAAACAUUCAAAACCAAGGCAUUGAAAUGGUUUCUAAGGUUGAUUUCUAUAACCAUUAGAAAGUGAUUCGUUUGGAUCGAAUAUUAUGGAUCACACUGAUGAUUGCAGUCCUCUGAAUGCUGAAUCGCCGCUAAAACGAAAAGCAAUCAGUGAAUGCCGUCUCCAAGACCCAAAAAUAUGGACUAAAAUUUCUUGGAUUCGGACACAUUUCGUCAAAGACUUGGAAUCAGGCGUCCGAAAGACCGACUUUUACGACUAUGUCACCGAACACCUUGGCAAAACAGGUUACCGAGAUGUAUGGCAUCUAUUAAAGAUUGCCUACCCACACGUAGACAGAGUACGAAGAGGUCGUAAGUACAUGUAUUGGGGUGUACGACACGCCGACGACCAUGUUAAGUUCGAAGAGACGGACGAUGGAAAUAACGGAGAAGAUGACGACGAGGAAACAAAUGUUGAAAAUCAUCUUGACCAGGAUAAAGAAUUCAGCGCUGAAGAGAGUUCGUUUAGAAUGGAAGUGGAAAGUUUCUCUGAAGAAAGCAGAGGGAACCAACUGGAUGAGUUAAAUUAUUCGCAGACGCCGCCUGAGAGCAAAACACCAUCGACUGAGCAUACAAAGUUACCAUCUGGUUUACUCGUAAAGGUAGAAAAGGACACCGACAAUGACGACCAGAAACAAAGCGAUGUUGUGGUUAUAGAGUUCAAGGACAAGGAAGUUUUUGCUAGUUUUGAGGAUUACGAAAAGUCUAAACAAACGUCUGACCAAAAUGGCAACUUGAUUAAAAUCAGAGGGGAAAAAACUCGAGGGAGAAAAACAGCGAAUGAAGGUGACCAGCGAACUGUUGUUAGGUCUGUGUCACCACCGCUGGAAAUAUUUUCCCUUGAAAGCCUCAAAGAUGAUGACAAAAACAAUAAUCAUUUAUCUAACCCAAAAGAUCACCAUAACAACGAUGAGUUUAAAAGCGACCGCAUGGACAACCGACAGGCAACGUCUCUCAAACAGCACGAUGGUUGCCAUGGAGACAGCGAUAAUGGUACUGCCGUCUUAAAAGAACCAGAAAACGGGUCUUUGAGUAAAAGCCAAGAAGGGAAACUUCCCAUUUUUGGAGACAAGCGACGCGAAGAGAUGGCUCCAAAUUUACUUCAUCCAGAGAACAUUAACCGCAUGUGCAUGCCUUUGAUUAAGGACCUCGGGAAUAAAAACACAAAAACAAGACCUACAAAUGAGAACGACGUUAAUGACAGCGUCGCUAACGACCAACUUAAUGAUAUACAAGAUGAGAACGCGGCAGGUCUGUCCGCAAAUGAUACUGACUCAAAUAGUAAUAACGAAGUGGGAAUAAAUGGGAAAUUUCCUUACCAUCCAUUAAUCGUUUCUGUUACCAGCAUUGCAGGAGUAGGUAUAGACAGUAAAGGAUCAGAUAGAGUCAGUUCAGAUGAGAUAAAUAAUAUUUUGAAAGCGUCGACGCAACUUCAGUCGUGCAAAAGUGUUACCGCUCGAUUUGAUGUUAAUGAUGGAUCGACAAGACAAACGUCUUCAUCUCAAUCGUUACCAGAUGGAGAAGCUGAGUUUGUCGUUGUGCAAGACCGCGGUAUCCAGGUAACUGAACAGGUUCAUACCUGCAAUCAACUCGGUAAACGAAGCUCUAAGCAUAUCAAAUCUACUAUAUGUCACAAGCCUUCUCAUUCACCCCACCAUGAACAUACCUCGAAAAAACUUCCAUCUUCUAACUCAACCAAUGUCCGUAGCUUAAACCCUGGGUGCCCCAAAAACUCUAGUCCAAUUGUCGUUAAUAUAGAGCAAGGAGUACAGAAUGUGUCGAGUUUGCAAGGAAGAGCUCGUGCCUGGCAUUCGGGACCUCCGUCGCCAUCUUCUGUGCUGUUCAAUCGCACCAGCCCACGACAACCAGAUAGCAACACAGUCCAUGGCCAACCGCGACUUUUCACGACUUCCCCACGAGAUUCUCGUUCGGUGACUAAAGCCAUGGGUAACGUAGUGAGGUCUGAAGAACCUUUGAUGAAAGGACUGAUGAAAAUACCGCCCAAAUAUCAUACUCUUGUCGUAAACAACAACUACCCGGGGCUUUUACAAACUGAAGAAAAGAGAUUGUUGCCGAAGACAGUCAUCUCGCCCGAAGUCCAAAAUACUGUAAAUAAGCAUCAAGAUCGUUUGUCACCGAAAUACAGUUCUUCGCAAAGCGUUGUUUAUGGUACAUCAACUAUUGAACAUCGGCCGUCAUUAACAUUAUUACGAAGUCAACAGGAAAAACAACUUUUUGAUCAGAACUUGAACAAAACGCGAACAACUGGUCAGUUGUCUUCAAAUGAACAAAAUAACGGAGAAUGCUCCGCAGAUGAAGGUUCUUUAAGGACUCGAGAUUUCCUUCGCAACCUUUUGUCGCAUCAUGAGAGCAAGAGUAAUAAUCCAACGACAAAUACAUCAUCUACUAGUGAUUUACAAGUUACGGUAGAAUGUCUUUCCAGUGAGCUGGAGAAGGAACGAACGAUGAGGCUUCGACUUGAGAUCGAGUUGCGCAAAGUUGAAAAUCAACUCAAUGAAGAACGGAAACUGAACGAACGCUUGGCGUCCAUGCUGAUGAAGCGAUAAAAGUAUACAAUCCAUUUUAUACCCAUGCAUAAACCAGGUUCCCUGGCAACGAGCUGCAGACGUGUAUAAAUAUGGACUCCGUCAGACAAGAUAUCAAAGUGCACGAUCCAGUCCCAGUGAUGAACCAUGGGGUACACCAAACCUGGCACCUGUCUCUCAUUCCCUAGUUUAGGGUUUUGCAAUGAGGGCCCCAAUUUUAUACUACUUUACGGCCUACUAGAGGAUAAUAAAAAGACCGAGUGAUGAACCAUGGGGUACACCAAAUCUGGCACCUCUGUUUCUCAUUCCCAGUUUGAAUGAGGGUUUAGAAAAAGGCCCCCCGAGACACAUUUUAUAGCAUUAAUUUUGGCUCGAUAAAAGUCCAUGUGAUGAACCUUGGGGCACACCCAACUCAACAUCCUUCUUUUCCAUUACCAGGAUUUCUAACUGAAAAUUAUUUAUAAAGUGAUUGAAACUAAAAUUAAAAUUUUAAGAGAAGCUCGCAGAAUGUAAAGUACAGUAAUUCAGAUGACUCUGAAUAAACAAAUUAUUUUUUAA